GCGUCCUUCACUUCCGCUCGCCUUCAGUUCCGCUGCGGGUGGUUCCUGCGUUCUUUGCGGCAGGUUCCGCCGCGCUCCAGGUUUUUUCCUUUUGAAAGUCCUUUCGUCAUAUGUUAAAGGAUGGCUCUUCCGCUCAUCAUAAAAUGGGGUGGACAGGAAUAUUCGGUGACUACACUUUCAGAAGACGAUACUGUACUAGAUCUUAAACAGUUUCUCAAGACCCUUACAGGAGUGCUGCCAGAACGUCAAAAGUUACUUGGACUCAAAGUUAAAGGCAAACCUGCAGAAAAUGAUGUUAAGCUUGGAGCUCUCAAACUGAAACCAAAUACUAAAAUCAUGAUGAUGGGAACUCGUGAGGAGAGCUUGGAAGAUGUCUUAGGUCCACCACCUGACAAUGAUGAUGUUGUCAACGAUUUUGAUAUUGAAGAUGAAGUAGUUGAAGUAGAAAAUAGGGAAGAAAACCUCCUGAAAAUUUCUCGCAGAGUUAAAGAGUACAAAGUGGAAAUUUUGAAUCCUCCCAGGGAAGGGAAAAAGCUUUUGGUUUUAGAUGUUGAUUAUACAUUAUUUGACCAUAGGUCUUGUGCAGAGACUGGUGUAGAAUUAAUGCGGCCAUAUCUUCAUGAAUUCCUAACAUCUGCAUAUGAGGAUUAUGACAUUGUUAUAUGGUCUGCAACAAAUAUGAAGUGGAUUGAAGCUAAAAUGAAAGAGCUGGGAGUGAGCACAAAUGCAAACUAUAAGAUUACCUUCAUGUUGGACAGUGCUGCUAUGAUAACAGUGCAUACUCCAAGGAGAGGAUUAAUAGACGUAAAACCUCUUGGUGUUAUAUGGGGAAAGUUUUCGGAGUUUUACAGCAAAAAAAAUACCAUUAUGUUUGAUGACAUAGGAAGAAAUUUUCUAAUGAACCCACAGAAUGGACUAAAGAUAAGGCCUUUUAUGAAAGCUCACCUAAAUCGAGAUAAAGACAAAGAACUUUUAAAAUUAACUCAGUACCUCAAGGAAAUAGCAAAAUUAGAUGACUUCCUGGAGCUAAAUCACAAAUAUUGGGAAAGGUAUCUCUCAAAGAAACAAGGACAGUAGUUGUAAAUUAUACUGGCAGUUAUUGAAGAAACUUAAGGUCCAUGAACUUCUUGCUUUUAUGCUAGAAAUCACUAUGAUAGUGCUGGACACUGAAGCAAAUGCCACACUGCUUAUACUUGGUCUUCCAGUUUUUUGUAAAUUUAAUUUUAUAUUUUUUGAAGGUCAUAGCAAUAUGCUAAAAAAAAAUCCAUUUUUUCCCUCUAUGUAUAUACUGUUACUCUUGAAAAAUAUUUUCUCCAGUAUUGAUUACUGAGUUUUUUCCACAAAAAAAAAAAAAAAAAAAAAUGGGGAAAAAUGCAUACUCACUAUCAUUUUCUGACUUUGGAAACAAGUUACUUCUUAUAUUUGUCUCACUGUGUUUUUGUCUCGCUAGGUCUAAGACCAAACCGAUCUUAAAACUAGUGUUUUUCCUUUUAAAACCAAAAGGAAAAACAAAAGUUUUUAAGUAAGGAAACUAGUUCAGUAUGCUUAAAAUUGCCAAGAAUUUUUUUAUCCCUUUGUCAUGCACACAAUUUCUCUUCUGUACUCUACUGUUUAGAUCUCUGAAUUCUAAACUGUCUCAAUUUGGUCUGUAUCUGUAUCCGUGUUCUUUGAGUAAAACUGGAAAAUGUCAGCUGCGAUACAACUACAGUAUGGGAAAUAGAAACCUUAAGACUGAAGAAUAAAACUAAGGAACAAGAGUGUGUCUCUUUUUCAUGGCUAAAUAGAAGCACGUCUGCCUAAAACCUUUUGUCAUAAAAGCAAAUAAAGGCACUGUAAAUAUUUCAAUGGAACAUAUCAGUGAUUCAUUCCUAAAAAUCCUGAACGAAAGUUAUUGUUCUGUUCCAGCUAUACCGUGUCUGUGUUGCAAACACCGUUUCAUUGAAAAUGUCUAGCCAUAAGAUUAAAAAAAAAAAUGCAGUUCUUAAGCCUGCACUGUAGAUAUGUGGUAUGACCACUGUUAAUGUUUACAGUAUUGCUUUAUACAGUUCUUGUAUUUGAAAGGAAACUGAGCCUUUCAAAUAAACAUGGGGUAUAUUGUUCUUAUGGGACUAUUUCAGUUGUGUAAAUAAUAAAUACCUUUUCUUAAAAUGUUGGUUAUCUGCUCUGUAUUAUCCCAAAUAUUUGCCUCUGUAUUGAAUCACAAAACAAACUUCAGGUUCAGGUAAGGACCUCUUGAAAAGAAUUAAAUUUGUAUGGUUUUAAAAGUAUGUGUGUCGCUUUACAUUCAGAAUUAAUGUUAGCAACUAAUUAGGUAUGAUAAAUUACUGAAUUCUAAUAAGCACCAUGUUUACAGAAAGAUACAUUAUUUUCUUGUGACAGUUUACAGGCACAUACAGUGCAGAAGAGUUUGAGAACUUUUAAUUAAAAUGUGUUUCUUAAUUUAAGGCUAAAUUUAAAUAAUUAAGGGUAGAAUAGAUUUUUUUUUUUUAAGAGAAUUUAUUUCGUUGGUAUAUUUUCCCACUGUAAAAGACAGCUUAUUAUUCCAAAGUAGGCAUGGGAAAGGCUUAAUCUUUUUAAGAAAGCUGAACACUUAAAGAGCAAACUGUUAAAAUAGACCAAGAAAGAGCAGACAUCUUCUAAAUCGGUAUAAGCUAAAAUACAAAAAUUAGCAAGUACCAAGAAGAAAAGUAGAAUUAAAAAAAAAAAAAAUUCUGCCAUUAGGUGGUGCCCAAUCCAAAGUUGAUUAGCUGGUAUGCUUAUAAUUAAACCAUUC